AUGAGGACCCCAGUCGUGCCCAUACGAGUUUUAACGCAUAAUAUCCGACAUGGCGGCUCAGACCUGUUCAAAGGAGAGCUGCCUUGGGGUGAACGCAAACAGUUGCUCUUGAACGAAUUCGAAUAUGAAACUCGAUACUGUGAAGAGUCAUUCAUUUGUUUGCAGGAAGUUCUCCAUGAGCAACUGGGUGACGUUGUGGCCGGGCUGAACCAGGAUAUAUAUCCUGGAGCAUCGGAGUGGGCCUACAUUGGUGUUGGCAGAGACGACGGCCACGAGGCCGGAGAAUAUUCCCCAAUUUUCUAUCGGCCAUCGGUUUGGCAGCUAGUGCAUUGGGAGACAGUAUGGUUAUCCAAGACGCCGAAUAUACCCUCGAAAAGCUGGGAUGCAGCCUCGAUUCGCAUCGUCACCAUUGGCAUUUUGCAGCAUCGUAAGAGUGGCCAUACGGUUCUUGCCAUGAACACUCACCUCGAUGAUCAGGGAUCUCGCUCCCGGCUUGAGGCCGCACGUAUAAUUCUAGGAAAGAUCUACGAAUACAGCCAGAAUGACCUUUCCAAGCUCAUCUCAGGCAUCUUUUUGGCUGGUGACUUCAAUAGUGAGGAAAACCAAGAAGCUUACCAAGAGCUGACAACAAGCUUGCUGGAUGCAUAUAAGCAAGUUCCAAGCCGACGACACUUUGGAGACUAUAUUACCUGGACUGGGUUUGGAUACGAGGAUGAACCCCGUUCACGCAUUGAUUAUGUGUUGGUACCUAAAGAGAGUCCGAGGCAAAGGCUGAAAGUCGCUGGAUAUGCUGUGUUACCAAACCAGUUUGAUAAUGGUGUUUUGAGCUCCGAUCAUCGUGCUGUCGUUGUGGAUUUCAUACUAUAA